UACUGCGCACACUUCAGUUCUAAGUCUCAACCACUAUUACAAGUUCUAAGUAAUCAAUUCCUUUUAAAAAUGUCGUUCGCAAAGUUGUUCGUUCUAGCGGUGUUGGCUGUCAGCGUGAGUGCCCGUUACGUGCACCAGGAGCACCCGUACUACCUGAUAGAAGAAGCGAACGUUCUAGAAGACGACCUGGAAGAUGCUCUGACUCAGCCAGGGUUUGAGGCUCCCAGGCAUGUGAGGCUGGCGCGACAGAUCGGCAGCAUGAACACAAAGCCGGACGGCAGUGUUAACCUGAACGCCAAGCUGCCACUUGCUGGCAACGACAAGAACAUUCUCAGUGGUGUGUUUUCUGGCAGCGAUCUGACGAAUAAUGGAGGAUACGGCGCCGCUGGAGCUGGAUUGGCGCUUGAUAACGUCAACGGCCACGGGCUUAGUCUGACAGGGACGCACAUCCCCAAGUUCGGUGACCAGCUGACGACGGCAGGACACGUCGCUCUGGUCAACACUCCGGACCACAAGCUCAAUGCUAACGCCUUCGUCACCAGGAACAUGCCCAACAUACCCAAUGUACCGGACUUCAACACUCAUGGAGCUGGUGUUAAUUAUAUGUUCAAGGACAAAAUCGGCGGCUCCCUAGGCGUUGCGCAGACGCCUCUCUUCCAGAAGACCGACUACUCUGCCAUGGGCAACUUAAACCUGUUCCGGGACCGCACGUCGUCGUUGGACCUUAACGCUGGCUUCUCCAAGUCCGUGUCGCCUUUCAUGCCGAAGAGCUCGUGGCAACCCUCCGGUGGUCUGAGCUUUACUAAGUAUUGGUAAACUAAACUACUAAAUAGUAUUGUAUGAACGUUUCAUAAAUUGUCAUUAAUUUUAUAGGCUGUGAUGUAUUUUAGAAUCGAAUAUUUUUUGGAUUAUUUAAAUUUUUGUAUACUUAAUAAAAUUUCAUGAAAAACAA